UGGUUUCGUCGUGGAGUGGUUGAGUUAAUAAGUGAGUUGGAAUUUUUGCCGAGCACUCUGUUGAAACCAUGUCUGAAACGGAAUCCGUUUUGGUCCCUGCAAAACUGAUGCGUUGGACUGUAGAAGAAAUGUAUUGAUGUCAUUCAGAUGUGUAACAUGAUGGUCUCAUUUUCCUAUGAUGUCAUCAAAGGCAGAAAGAAGCUGUCUAGGCAUUUCAUAAAUCUUGUCAAUAUAUACGUUAUCCAAUAGGACAGACGGAAAAUGCCAAAUCGAUGUGUAGCAUAUGGCUGUCAAAAGACACCUGAAGGCAAUGUGACCCUGUUCAAAUUCCCCAAAGAUUCAGCCGAGUACCGCAUAUGGGAGAAGCAGGUCCAAAGGACUCGGAGCAACUGGACAGCAAAGUUCACCUCACACCUAUGCAGUGACCAUUUUAGCAAGGACUGUUUUGAGCCCAAACCAUCAGCAGCUGUGAAGGGCUCCCUCUCAAAAUUUGCCUUGAAACUGAAGGAGGGGUCUGUCCCGACAGUGUUCAUACGCCCCCCCUGUUCCAGCUGUGGGGGUGACAGAGACUGCAGUGCUUGUACCCCUAAAAGAAGGAGACGUUACAAGGCCCUGGACCAGAAAGAUCAUAUAAGGGAGGAAGGGUCUGCAGGUACAGCUGGUCCCAUGCAGAGGAGCACAGAUGGUUUGGAGCAAGAGGAUGGAGCUGAGGAUGAUGAUGAUGACGAAGAUGAGGAGGAGGAGGAUGAAGACGACGAGGAGGAGGAAGAGGAAAAUGAAGAGGGUGCAGAUAAUCCUCAAGAGGAAUCAGUGACGAGUCCCGUAAAGGUCCUUUCCUCCCCCUCCAAAGUCCCCUCUCCAAAGGAUGAUGAGCCUGCUGUGUGUGAGAUGUGUGGCAUCGUGGGCACCAAAGACACCUUCUUCUCCAGGACCAAGCGCUUCUGCAGUGUGUCCUGCUCACGGUCCUACUCCUCAAACUCCAAGAAGGCCUCCAUCCUGGCGCGGCUGCAGGGUAAGCCUCCCACGAAGAAGGCCAAGGUUCUGCACAAAGCCGCCUGGUCCUCUAAGCUCGGGGCCUUCCUGCACUCGCAGGGCGUCAGCCAACUGCUGGACGGCACGGCCACCGCACAGGAUGUGGCUGCUGGCUUUGACUGGGGCACUUACAUGAAGGACACUGACUUCCAAGCCGCCCCCGUUUCCUGUUUCAGACAUGUGCCCCUGCAUGACCAGUGGGAAGAGAUCGUGGUGGGGCUGAAGGUGGAGGUGCUGAACACCAACGCGGUGCUGCCCAGCAAGGUGUACUGGAUCGCCUCUGUCGUCCGGCUCGCAGGCUACAAGGCCCUCUUGCGGUACGAGGGCUUUGAGAACGAUGGCAGCCAUGACUUCUGGUGCAACCUGGGCACUGUGGACAUCCACCCCAUCGGCUGGUGUGCCGUCAACAGCAAGCUGCUGGUGCCCCCAAAGACGGUCCACCAUCGCAUUAAAAACUGGAAGGCCUACCUGAUGAAGAGUGUGGUUGGAGGGAGCACCCUGCCUGUAGACUUCCACAUGAAGAUGGCAGACGGGAUGAAGUACCCGUUCAGGCAGGGCAUGCGGGUGGAGGUGGUGGACCGGGCGCUGGUGAGCCGCACGCGUUCGGCGGUGGUCGACACGGUGAUCGGGGGGCGGCUGCGUCUGCUGUACGAGGACGCGGGUCUGGAGGCCGACGGGGAGGCGCUGUCCGACUUCUGGUGCCACAUGUGGAGCCCGCUGCUGCACCCCAUGGGCUGGUCCCGCAAGGUGGGCCACACCAUCAAGAGCAACGACAAGCGUGUUGACAUGAGCAGCCACCCAACCUUCCGCAAGAUUUACUGUGAUAGUGUCCCUCACCUCUUCAAGAAGGUGCGGACUGUGUAUAUGGAGGGAGGGUUCUUUGAGGAGGGGAUGAAGUUGGAGGCCAUUGACCCUCUCAACCUGGGGAACAUCUGCGUGGCUUCAGUGCGCAAGGUGCUGCUGGACGGGUAUCUGAUGGUGGCGAUAGACGGGGUGGAGAUCGGCGACUGCUCCGACUGGUUCUGCUACCACGCUUCCUCCCACGCCAUCAUGCCCACGGAGUACUGCCUCAAGAACAAGAUACCCCUGACACUGCCCCCAGGGUACGACCAGGUCACCUUCACCUGGGAGAAAUACCUGGAGGAAACGGGGGCGACCGCUGCCCCUGCACGACUCUUUCAGACGGACUGCCCGGGCCACGGCUUCGCCCCCGGGAUGAAGCUGGAGGCGGUGGACCUGAUGGAGCCGCGGCUCAUCUGCGUGGCCACCGUGUGGCGCUCUGUGGGCCGGCUGCUGCUGCUGCACUUCGACGGCUGGGAACCCGAGUUCGACCAGUGGGUGGACUGCCAGUCCCCCGACAUCUACCCCGUGGGCUGGUGCGAGCUCACCGGCUAUCAGCUGCAGCCCCCCAUCGGCAACGAUUCAGCUGGAGAACGACAGAAGAAGCAGCACAAACCCCUGGGUAAAAAGAAGAAGAAGCUGGUGAAGAAGAAGCUGGCGAACCUCAUCUCUAAGAACCUGCCCCCGCCUCGACCCCGCCCCCCCGAACCCCCUGCUCUGCUGGUUCCCAAGAGUGAGCCUGUAGAAGAGACAGUAAUCGCGGUGCAGGUGAAGGAGGAGGAGGUGGAGAUGGACACAGCCCCUCCCGUUCAGGCGGAGCAGCCAGCCAAGGCUCCGCCUGCCCUGCAGACCCUGCUGGAGCAGCUGAAGCAGGAGGCUGAGUAAGGCUGCGAGACCGUCCCCUGCCCUGAGCCUGGAGCCCUGCAGCUCUUCAACUCUGUUCUCUGUGCAUCGCAUCAGACCAGCCCUGUUCCCUGUGCAUCAGACCAGCCCUGUUCCCUGUGCAUCAGACCAGCCCUGUUCCCUGUGCAUCACACCAGCCCUGUGCCCUGUGCAUCACACCAGCCCUGUACCCUGUGCAUCACACCAGCCCUGUUCCCUGUGCAUCACACCAGCCCAGUUCCCUGUGCAUCAGACCAGCCCU